GAAAGAGGAGGCGGUGCCGUUUCGUGAGUGACAGCCCUUCCUGGCCAAUCAGCGCUCGCAUGUAGAGAAACACAAUCAGGAGGUCGCUGGCAGCGCCUUGAAGGACCAAAGAGGAGGCGGUGCCGUUUCGUGAGUGACAGCCCUUGCUGGCCAAUCAGCGCUCGCAUGUAGAGAAACACGAUCAGGAGGUCGCGGGUUCGAGGCCGGCUUCCGGCGGAAAAUGGGGAGCAAGGCUUUCAAGCUUCGCCGUCCUGGAGAAGGCAGGAAAUUCGGGGUGGCGGCCAAGAACCUGAAGGAGCUGCUCUCCAAGGCCUGCGCCCUCCUCAAGCUUCCUUCCUCCGAGCCCCGGCUGUGUCUGUACGAAGACGGGACGGAGGUGACAGAAACCUAUUUCUGGAAGAUUCCGGAUAAUUCCGAGCUGGUCUUGUUAGCUCCGGGAGAAGAGUGGCAGGGAUACGUGAGUGAGAUCCAGCGCUUCCUCCACGCCUUUUCCAGCCAAGCCGACCACGUUGUCCGCGCGGCGCAAGGCCUGCUCUCCGGCGAAGAAGCCCCCAAGAAACGGAAACUCCUGGCGGACUUGAUUCACAAUCUCAGCCAAAACAUCGAAGCGGAAAGCCGGGAAGAUGACGAGAAAUGGUUCCAAGGUGUUGAAUCUCGCUUCAAGACAAAGUCCGGCUACAUGCGCUAUAGUUGCGAGAGCAGGAUCCGAAGCUACAUGAAAGAGGUCGGUGCUUACGCUUCCACGCUCCCUCCGCCUGUCCGUGUGAAAUUCCAACAGAUCGCCGAAGCCAUGCUGGAGAAGCUGAAGUCCGAGAAGUACAAUGGCUUUUAUUUUGACCGGCGAGCGGGAAAAAAGGCCUGCCUUUGCACACCUGAAGGAUGGUUCUCUUGCCAGGGGCCUUUCGACACCCAAGACUGUCCUUGCAGGCACUCCAUCAACCCUUACGGCAACAAAGAAAGCCGGAUCCUAUUCAGCACCUGGAACCUCGACCAUAUAAUCGAGAAGAAGCGGACGAUUCUCCCAACGCUGGCUGAAGCCCUUGCGGACCAGAGGGAGGUGGACUGGGAAUACUUCUACCGGCUCCUGUUCACCGUCCACAACCUGAAGCUUGUCCACAUUGCUUGCCACAAGAAAACGAGCCACAACCUCAGUUGCGACCGGAGGAAGAUCUACAGGAAAAACGAGCCUUCCUGCGGGGUUCGGAAACAAUCCCCGCCGGCGGCGAGGAUGCAGAAAAUGUGACGGACCCGUUGCGUAAUCAUGCCUUUGACACGCAAUCAGUUCUCAGGGAUUCAAAGAGUUUUGUAUUAUUAUUAUUUUUUCUUAAAAAUAUAAAUAAAACCAACUGAUUCGUUUA